AUGACGACUGAGGAGUGUCCCGUGCCGCUCGGCAUGAGCCAGGUGGGGGCGGGACGGUGCGAGGACUUUGGCUCCGCCCAGGGGGACGACAUCAUCGAAGAGGUGGGGCCGUGUGAUGAUACUGGCAGUGACCUCAGCACUUUGGUCGUGCCGUUUCCUGAGUUGGCGCCAGUGGUUUUCUUCUGUCUCAAGCAGACUACCUGCCCUCGCAGCUGGUGCAUUCGCAUGGUGUUGAGCCCAUGGUUCGAGCGCAUCAGCAUCAUGGUGAUCCUGCUGAACUGUGUCACUCUGGGGAUGUACCAGCCCUGCGAGAACAUCGACUGCACCUCAGAGCGCUGUCAGAUUCUGCAGGCAUUCGAUGCAUUUAUCUACAUUUUCUUUGCACUGGAGAUGGUGGUGAAGAUGGUGGCUCUGGGGAUCUUUGGCCAUCGUUGUUACCUUGGCGAUACUUGGAACAGACUGGACUUUUUCAUCGUCAUGGCAGGGAUAGUGGAAUACUCCCUUGAUCUCCAGAACAUCAACUUCUCUGCCAUCAGAACAGUGCGUGUGCUCAGACCUCUCAAAGCCAUCAACAGAGUACCCAGUAUGCGGAUCCUGGUGAACCUGCUGCUGGACACUCUGCCCAUGCUGGGAAAUGUGCUCCUGCUCUGUUUCUUUGUCUUCUUCAUUUUUGGCAUCAUUGGAGUGCAGUUGUGGGCUGGACUAUUGAGAAAUCGAUGUUACCCUGAGGAGAACUUCACCCUCACAUCUGGCAUCACCCUCCCCACCCCAUAUUAUCAGCCUGAGGAGGAUGACGAGCGGCCCUUCAUCUGCUCACUGGCUCAGGAUAAUGGCAUCAUGUCCUGCAGUGACGUGCCCGCUCGACGAGAGGGCGGACGGGAGUGCUGUCUAGAUAAAGAGGACGCGCUGCACCGUCAGGCCCUGGGCCUUAGCGCGGAGCCGCUGGCCAACAGCAGUGCCUCUGCCAUGGGGCUCUGUGUGAACUGGAACCAGUACUACACCCGCUGUCACACCGGACACACCAACCCACAUAAAGGAGCCAUCAACUUCGACAACAUCGGCUAUGCCUGGAUUGUCAUAUUUCAGGUGAUCACUCUGGAGGGCUGGGUGGAAAUCAUGUACUACGUCAUGGACGCUCAUUCCUUCUAUAACUUUAUCUACUUUAUAUUCCUCAUCAUCAUUGGCUCUUUCUUCAUGAUUAAUCUGUGCCUGGUGGUCAUUGCCACUCAGUUCUCAGAGACCAAGCAGCGGGAACAUCAGUUAAUGCAGGAGCAACGCGCUCGCUACCUGUCCUCCAGCACGCUGGCGUCACUCGCUGAACCCGGAGACUGCUACGAAGAGCUCUUCCAGCUGGUCUGCCACAUCCUGCGGAAGGCCCGCCGCCGCUCAGCCGCCCUUUACUACAUGCUCCGUGGCAAAGACCCUCCCCCUGGAGGAGGGAGGGGGCGUGACAGAGGAGGGACAGGAUCAACGGGGGGAGGAGCUUAUGUGAAUGGUGGCGACAGACACCACUGCCACUCAGCUCAGAUGUCUCACUGUAUUCACGAAAACAAGCUAGACCACAGCUCCCAAUCUCUAGAAAACACCAUUUCCCUGUCUGUCACUCCAAACCCAGAGGAGUGCCUUCAGUGUGCCUUGGCCCGGUCACUCAAGGAGGGGGCAGGGUCAGUGGACCACUCAGCCAAUGGGGAGGAAGAGGAAUGUACCUUGGAGGAGACUGACAGGGACAAGAACCACUUGGAUGAAAGAGGAGAGGAGGACACUAAAGAUAUGCAGAAAAGAAAACGCACCUGCUUUGGGAAAUGUAAGGCUGUCUGGGAUGAAAUGCGAGUGAAGCUUUGGGGGAUCGUUGAGAGCAAGUACUUCAACAGAGGGAUUAUGAUUGCCAUCCUCAUCAAUACGAUCAGCAUGGGCAUCGAGCACCAUAACCAGCCUGAUGAGCUGACUAAUAUCCUGGAGAUCUGUAACAUAGUAUUCACCAGCAUGUUUACUCUGGAAAUGAUCCUCAAGCUCACUGCCUUUGGCUUCUUUGAGUAUCUGAGAAACCCCUACAACAUCUUUGAUGGCAUUAUUGUGAUCAUCAGUGUGUGUGAGAUCAUCGGGCAGUCUGAUGGAGGUCUGUCUGUCCUGAGGACAUUCAGGCUGCUGAGGGUCAUAAAGCUGGUGCGGUUCAUGCCAGCUCUGCGCAGACAGCUGGUGGUCCUGAUGAAGACGAUGGACAAUGUGGCCACUUUCUGCAUGUUACUAAUGCUUUUCAUCUUCAUAUUCAGUAUUCUGGGAAUGCAUAUAUUUGGCUGUAAGUUCAGCCUGAAGACAGAGGCUGGGGACACGGUACCUGAUAGAAAAAACUUUGACUCCCUGCUUUGGGCCAUUGUCACUGUGUUUCAGAUCCUAACUCAAGAGGAUUGGAACAUGGUUCUGUAUAAUGGCAUGGCCUCUACCUCCCCUCUGGCAGCCCUGUAUUUUGUCGCCCUCAUGACCUUUGGGAACUAUGUGCUUUUCAAUCUGCUUGUGGCCAUCUUAGUGGAAGGAUUUCAGGCAGAGGGUGAUGCUAACCGCUCCUACUCAGAUGACGACAGAUCCUCUUGUAACUUUGAAGAAACAGAGAAAAAGGACUCACUCCAGCUGUCAGAUCCUAAGAUUUACACUUUGACCCCUAAUGGGCAUCUGGACAUGGCACCUGCACCCAUGGCAAGGGGCCUGUACCCACCUGAAAGAUUGAGCUUUGCCCUUGGUUCUCGCAAGAGCAGCUUGAGCUCCCUGGGCAGGGCUAGCCUGGAGCAGACGACUCUGUGUCCAGGACGAGCCUCUUUGUACCACAGUUGGGGUCAGCCUGCACGGCAAGGUGUAUGGAGUCGCAGAUCAAGUUGGAACAGCCUGGGCCAGUCCUCCAGAUGCCUGGGAAUGGGAAUGGGGGGAGGAGGGGGCAGUUUAAGGAUCCGUAGCCCUCAUUCCCGCCCUGCUGAGCAGGAGUCCCUGCUGUCUCCUCCGCCCCCUCCCCUGCAUCCUCCUCUGCUCUCUAGAAGUUUCGUCCCACACAGAGAACGGCGGGCGCUCUCUCUGGAGCUCCCAGAGCCACUGCAGGUGCCCGGUCCGGCCCUGCCUCCUCUGCAUCCCCGCCAGCACAAGAAGAGCUUCUCUGGGGGGCUGGGAAGCGUUGGAGAGCACCAGGACUGUAAUGGGAAGACACCCUCAGUCCAGCCACAGAUCAUCAAUGAAGUCUAUCCUCAGGUCAACGCACGCAAGGACAGGGAGGAUCUGGAUGAUGAGCUGGAUUAUAGUCUGUGUUUUCGCAUCCAGAAGAUGAUAGAGGUGUACAGACCAGACUGGUGUGAGACCAGGGAAGACUGGUCCAUCUUCCUCUUCUCUCCUCAGAACAAAUUCAGGUUGCUUUGCCAGUCCAUUAUAGCUCAUAAGCUGUUUGACUAUGUGGUGCUGGCCUUCAUCUUCUCAAACUGCAUCACUGUGGCUUUGGAGAGACCCAAGAUCCUUCAGGGUAGCCUGGAGAGGCUUUUCCUCACCGUGUCAAAUUACAUUUUCACAGCCAUAUUUGUGGGGGAGAUGACACUCAAGGUGGUGUCCAUGGGUUUGUAUCUAGGGGAGCAGGCGUACUUGCGCAGUAGCUGGAACAUUCUGGAUGGUUUUUUGGUGUUUGUGUCUUUGAUUGACAUUGUCGUGUCGAUGGCGGGUGGGGCUAAGAUCCUGGGGGUGCUCAGGGUUCUCAGGCUUCUUCGCACACUGCGCCCCCUCAGGGUUAUCAGUCGAGCUCCCGGCCUCAAGCUGGUCGUGGAGACUUUGAUCACCUCUCUGAAGCCUAUAGGAAACAUAGUUCUCAUCUGCUGUGCCUUUUUCAUCAUCUUUGGCAUCCUGGGAGUCCAGCUUUUCAAAGGCAAGUUCUAUUACUGCCUUGGCCUGGAUGUCAAAAACAUCACCAACAAGUCUGACUGCCUCUUGGCCAAUUACAAGUGGGUCCAUCACAAGUACAACUUUGACAACUUGGGGCAGGCUCUGAUGUCCCUGUUUGUACUGGCUUCGAAGGACGGCUGGGUCAAUAUCAUGUAUCAUGGUCUGGAUGCGGUGGGAGUGGACCAGCAGCCCAUAACCAAUAACAACCCCUGGAUGCUGCUGUACUUCAUCUCAUUUCUCCUGAUCGUUAGUUUCUUCGUGCUGAACAUGUUUGUGGGUGUGGUGGUGGAGAACUUCCACAAGUGCCGACAACACCAGGAAGUGGAAGAGGCCAAGAGGAGGGAGGAGAAGAGAUUGAGGCGCAUGGAGAAGAAAAGACGGAGUAAGAACGAGAAAAAGAGAUGGGAAGAGGGAGGGAGGAAGGAAGGGGGAGGGAAGGAGGCCCAGAAGUUGCCCUACUAUGCCAGUUACAGUCAUGUGCGACUGAUGAUUCACACCCUGUGCACCAGUCACUACCUGGACAUCUUCAUCACCUUCAUCAUCUGUGUGAAUGUUGUGACUAUGUCACUGGAGCACUACAGCCAACCUCAUUCUCUGGAGAUUGCUCUCAAGUACUGUAAUUAUUUCUUCACCAGCACCUUUGUGCUGGAGGCUGUCCUUAAGCUCAUCGCGUUCGGCUUCCGACGUUUCUUCAAAGACAGGUGGAACCAGCUGGAUUUGGCUAUAGUUUUGCUGUCAGUCAUGGGCAUCACUCUGGAGGAGAUUGAGAUCAGUGCAGCUCUUCCAAUCAACCCCACUAUCAUACGCAUCAUGAGAGUCCUGCGCAUCGCCCGUGUAUUAAAGCUGUUAAAGAUGGCCACAGGAAUGAGAGCUCUGCUGGAUACAGUAGUUCAAGCCCUGCCACAGGUGGGGAACCUUGGUCUCCUCUUCAUGCUGCUGUUCUUCAUUUAUGCUGCACUGGGAGUGGAAUUGUUUGGAGAACUAGUGUGCAAUGAAGACUACCCCUGUGAAGGCAUGAGUCGUCAUGCCACAUUUGAGAACUUCGGCAUGGCAUUCCUCACACUAUUCCAGGUCUCUACUGGUGAUAACUGGAAUGGUAUAAUGAAGGACACUCUUCGAGAAUGCCCAUCCGGCGAAUACACCUGCAAUCCCAGCCUACAAUUCAUCUCUCCACUGUACUUUGUGAGCUUUGUGCUGACGGCCCAGUUUGUUCUCAUCAACGUGGUCGUGGCAGUGCUGAUGAAACACCUGGACGACUCAAACAAAGAAGCCCAAGAGGAGGCAGAGAUGGAUGCAGAGAUUGAACUGGAGCUUGCACAGGGAACGCUCUGCUGUAUCAGAGGUGUGGGAGGAGGAGGAGGGUCUGGAGUGGAGAGAAGUGCUGGGGGGCAUCAGGGAGCUGGACCAAGCUCUACUGUUCCACCUCAUUCCCCCAUUACACACCCAGGGGCCCACGACCCCAACAGUGCCAGGAAACUGUACUCCCCGGCACAGGAGAACUUGUGGCUGGACAGUGUCUCUCUGCUCAUCAAAGACUCAAUUGAAGGAGAGAUGCUGAUGAUUGACAACCUGUCUGGCUCAGUCUUCCAUCAUUACUCCUCCCCACCUGUCUGCAAAGACUGCAAGAGUCAUCCACAAGAGCAGAUCCACAUGGCAGAACUGGAGCAGGCAUCUCUGAGGUCAGAGCAGCUCUCAGAUAAGUCAUCCUCUCCAGCACUGCCUGAUGACCUCAGUCUGGACGAGCAGAGCGUGUACCAGUUGGCUGCCAAGGAGGGCAAGGAAAGGGGUUGUGAUGGUUGCCUAAACUCAGAAGGUCAUAGCAGGUUGCGACGACCCUCUCGGGUUCACAGCUCUGGGGCAGAGCAAGGGAUAACAGGUCCUGGGGCUGCUUCUCCACACCAGCAUCACAACACACCUGCUCGUCACAGCAUAGGUGGACUUCCCUGUAGCAGCAGUAAUAAGGAGGAUGUAGAAGUUUCUGGAGGUUCUACAUCUCCCAUUCGUCUCCCUGCUGAAUUCUUCCAUCCAGCAGCCGCGGCCCUCCCUGCACCACCAAGGGGCCGACCAGGACACAAACCAAGAGGGCUCAGACUAACUUCCCCAGCCUCAUGGGCUUCUCUGCGCUCUCCUGGAGCCAAUACCAGACUGCUCACCACACAGUAUCCAUCUCACAGUGACUCCUCCUUGGCUACAGGAAGUUCGGAGGGCAGCCUACCAACAACCAUGGAAGAAGGGCUCAGUUUCAUUGUAUCUGCCCCUCAAAACCCUGAGCUCCCUGUGCCCCUCUUGGACACGCUCCUUGAUGAGCGAACCAGCCUCUCCACAGAGACCCUGAGACCCAGUCCUCCAGCUGCACAGAACCUCCAUACCACAAGGGGGCACCAGCGCAGCAAGAGCAGCUCUGGCACCACAGAUCCUUCUAAUGAGAAUAUAGGGAUGGUACGGUGCAGCUUAAACCAGACAUGCGACAACCAACAGCUCUCGGAGACGCCGAGUAGCCUGUCGCUCACAUCGCUGCUUCUGCCUCUAGUGCCCCCAUCUGUGAAAAAGUGCAACAGCACUGACAGCUUAGACCAGGGGACUCUCACAACCCAAGAAAAGGAGGGGAGACAAGCUUUAGCAAAAGAGCCACAGGGUAAUCUCGCAAGCUCGUGGAAAGAGAGGGAGAAUAGAGGAAGAGAGCGUCAGUCAGAAGCAACACAGGGAAAAGGCGGGGAAAGUACAAGCCACAUAACAAUCAUGGGCUCCAGAAAAAAUAGAUGAAACUCUCUAGCUAGUGUUAGUUAUUUCCAAGGCCCACUACUCUAUCUCUCGGUUGUUUUCAGAGAGGAGUUUGACAUGUGGCAUUGCAUCUCAAAAAAUCUCUCUAUUUCCCUGUUUUCAUCUGUGACCUGUUAACAUUUUGUAUCUGCUCGUGACACUGGUUUCAGUACUGUCGAGAAACUGAAUGGAAGGAAUCGAGAGAAGCAGUUCAGCCCCUUAGUGCAUGACUAGUGACAGAAGGGACUGUUCAAACAGCUGUCUGUGCAACCUAAAGGAUCAUGACAGGGAGACUACAUCCAGUACAGGCAAAGUUGUCCAUAUGCUGGAUUCAGUGAGAGAUUGGGUGCUUUCUUGUGAAUUAGUUUAAAAGUUAUAUCAAAUAAAUAGAAAGGUAUAUAUAGAGAGGAACUGAAAAGAUGAAUACGGCAAGGCUCUUCUAAAAGAGGGUUUAAUGAGUACAUGCAGUUAUAUUUCAAAGAGGGGUUUAAGAUGUUAACUUUUUUUUUAGCAUACACAUUCUUUAUAGGCUAUAGGUUAUGCGUUCAGAUGUCAGUUAGUUUGUUUGUCUUUUUAAUGUUGAGGAGAGAUAGAUUUAUCUUUCUGUCUGUCUGGUUAUUUAUUUAAUUAUUUAUUUAUGUUUAGAUUUUAUUUAUUGUUUGGUUACUGUUUAUAUAUUUAAUUCAAUGGUAAAUGUAGAACUAUGUAAUCUCCUACCAUUUGCAUUAGGAGACGAAGAAAAUAUGGACAAAGGGGCAAAUAACAGUCCUUUGCAUGAUGGAGUCAUAUUUAACAAAUUUAAGACCACAUGAAGAUGUCAAUGCUGGAUGAAAGCAGUAAUGUUUUUACUCCGAUAUUUUUUUAUCGAUAUGCUCUGGAUUAAGGAGUAGGUGAUACACAUGUUGUGGUCACUUUGUCCUCCCCACAACCCAAAACAUUUCUUCAUGUGACUUUAUUCCCUGCUAGUGGCUUCCAUUUUUAUAAUUUUGGUUUUAUAAUAUGCUCAGAUGAACAGGACCAAGCAAAAAAAAAAAAAAAAAGAAAAAAAUGAAGAAACAUCCUAAAACUGUGGAUUACAUUUACUCUUGGGAUUUCUCUUGGAUGAAAACAGCCAGACACAAAGGGUUAUGAACAGGCCAUGAUAUCUAAACAUUUCUACAAGGACCCAGGAGCCUCUACUGUAUGUUGGCCCUUAAAUGGCAUGUCAGAUGAAGAAAAUGCAAGACAGUGAUGUUUAGAUUUGAUUUUGACAUAACUAGGUUGAUUGGAUUUGCAGCAGAAUCAAUUAUUUAUACAUACAUUUUCUUUAGCAUGGUCACCAGACUGCAGUAGGACAUCUCUUAUUUAUUAUUCCUCCUCUUUAAAAAUUGCACUUGUUUGCUUAUUUCAUCUAGCAUGGACUCAGUUGGUUAUUUUUUAUGUGCAAAUGGAGCAUCUUUGAAAAAACUGUAGCUAUGAGACUCCAGACAUUCAAGAUUAAUUCUUAGUUUAGUCUGCCUUAGUAUUUAGUACCCCUGAUGUGUUUUCUUUUUAUAAAAUCCAGGUGAAUUUCAAAAUUGAGCUUGACCUGUUGAUGAACUUCACCGUAUUGAUCGUCUAUCCAUGACGUAAGGAUCUCUGUACAUUACAUCAGUUGUGUUGUCGCUUAGUCAGGACCAAGUGUGGGAUUGUCAUUUUAAUCGUACCUAUUCCGUUCACGGCGCUCAUCAAAGUAACUGUUAUGAACUAAGGAACGCUGAAUUAUUAGCAAAACACAAUAACAAAGGGCUUACUCUGUUUCCAGGCUGUUCUUAAGACAAUUUGCUAUUAGUGCACAAGACUUUAAAGAUUAGUCUGACACUACAGCAAUAAAUAGUAGCUUUGUUUUCCCCAAAUAUACAUAAUGAUGUCAAAGUGAUUUUAUUUUUAUUUUCAAAUAGAAUAUUUACCAUUGUUUACUAGCCUAAGUAACAAUACCUGCACAACAUGAGGGCUGAUCACAUUAUAACGGUUCAAGAAUUUAGAUAGAUGGGCUGCCAAUGGUUCAGAUGAACAAAUGAAGUCAUUGAGAACUCAGGGCCUUGGAAAAUACCACUACUGAAUGCUCUGUUUUCUCAGGAAGACAGAUCACUGGAAUGAGGACGGCUAUAUGUUAAAUUUUAAUGUUCAUUAAUUUUGACUCUAUAUUUAACACUCUAAUAAGCUUACAUCUGUGCAUCUUCAUUAUGACAAAAGACGAGAGGUGACUGGUUUAAUUUCAGUAACAGGUGAACUGAAAGCUAAUUGCUUCAUAAUAAUUUCUAUACAGUUUGUCAUUAAUGACUGAAAGUGUAUAAAGCGUAAGGAAUGGAUACGUAUAUUAAGUAUCAUUUCAUGUUUAUGAAAUGUUCAUUUAUGUUUGAUGUUUAACAGUAUAGAGUGGUGAUGGGUGAGAUUUACACGAAACUCGAUGCGUCUUGUCACUGGGUUGAACAUAUGUACAUAUCCUUUUGUAUAUUGAAUUGCAUGUGUGCUGUGACCAAUGACAAAGAUACAUACAUGCAUUUUAGAGUAUUUGAGGUUUCAUUUAUUUAUUUAUUUUCCUAUCUCUGAGGUCUUCCUUGUUUAAGAGCUGAGUCUGUAUUGAUGUAAAACACACAUUCCCCAGUAACCAUGCUUUAUUGAUUAGAGACUAAGUUUCCCAUGAGACCGUUGUCGUCACGUGCAUUUUGAGCUGGAACUGUUCUCUGAUUUGCUCUGUUGGCUCCAGUCUAACCUGUGCUGGCUAAGAUAUUGUGAUUCAUGAGGACAAUACUUUGAUUUGCCCAUGCAAAAAAAAAAAAAAAAAAAGAGCAAUAAAAAUAGACAUAAUCA